CGCGCGGCGGCGGGAGCGGCGGGGAGGGGACCUGAGAGCAGGGAGAGGAGGGGACGAGCAGAGCGAGGGGAGACCCGCCGCCUCCCUCCCUCGCUCGCUGACUCGCUCCCUCCCGGGCUGCGGCUGCUGCAACGGCAGCAGCGGCGGGAGCAGCAGUCUGGAGCCCGGCGUCGAGGACCCGCUGCUGUCUCUGCCGCUCCAGCCUCCCAGCGGACGCCCUCUCCCCUCUCCCCUCCCAAGAUGGCAGCCAGCAGCACUGAGGGCCCCGAGAUGAAGGGGCUUGAGGAGAACCCCCAGACCCAGGGCCAGGGGCCUAGCUCUUCUGAAGUGGGAGCUGGCCCUGUCCCCGCUGGGGUCCCUGAGGAACCAGAGGCCCCACAGCCAGGCCCAGACACUCCAGGGGCCCCUGUGGGCCCAGAGCCCGAGGUGACCAAGGUGGGGUCAACUCCAGAAACCACGGAGGCCCCAGCAAGAGCCCCAGAUACAUCCCAGGCCAGAGACCACAGCUCAAGCCCAGGAGGGAACUCUAAGGCUAACACCAGCCCCGAAGAAGCUUGCCAAGAACCCGCAUCCCACCUGGAAGUGAGCAAAGAGGCCUCUGCAGCUCAGGGAGCUGCUGUGCAACCCACAGCCCCGCUCGAGCAAGCCUCCGAGCCCCCUCCCCAGCCAGCCCCCCAGCCAGCCCCUCAGCCCAAGUCCCCUCCCCAGGAGGCCCCCACCCCUGAGGUCCUGACUGAGAGUGGGGGUGAAAAGCAGGAGAAUGGGGCAGUAGUUCCCCUGCAGGCGGGCGAUGGGGAUGAGGGCCCGGCGCCCCAGCCUCACUCACCACCCUCCACCAAAUCCCCACCUGCCAACGGGGCUCCCCCCCGGGUGCUGCAGCAGCUGGUCGAGGAGGACCGGAAAGGAAGGGUUCACAGUGGGCAUCCGGGAUCUCCCCGAGGCAGCCUGAGCCGCCACCCCAGCUCCCAGCUGGUCGGGUCUGGGGUGGAGGGGGGUGAAGGCACCCAGAAACCUCGGGACUACAUCAUCCUCGCCAUCCUGUCCUGCUUCUGCCCCAUGUGGCCUGUCAACAUCGUGGCCUUCGCUUAUGCUGUCAUGUCCCGCAACAGCCUGCAGCAGGGGGAUGUGGACGGGGCCCAACGUCUGGGCCGCGUGGCCAAACUCUUAAGCAUCGUGGCGCUGGUAGGGGGGGUCCUCAUCAUCAUCGCCUCCUGCGUCAUCAACUUAGGCGUGUAUAAGUGAGGGGCUCUGCCCUGCAUCCCAAGACUUUUCUUCCUGUUGGGAGCUGCCUUGGGCCCACCCUUCCCUGGGGGAAGCCCAAUCGAUGGCCCAGGCCCGCACCCAUAGGGACCAAGGGAGCCUGAGCAGCCUUGUUUACAGCUUCUUCCCUGCUCCUGCAUCCUGCCAGGCUCCUCUGCCAACCGUAGGCCUCCCUCCUCCUGCACUGUUUCCAACCUCCCUGUAUGUCUGCCUGCAUCCCCGCCAACCGCUGGGCCUCCCUAGCCCUGCACUUCUGGAAACCUCCCUGCACUUCUGGAAACCUCCCUGAACAACCUCCCCAAGUCUUUGCUCUCCGCUUCCCUGCAUCUCUGCCCACCUUCCAAAUCCAGGGAUUCCCUGCACCCCAGCCUGGUCUCCCCCACCCAACUUUCAUUGUCUUGGCACCUUCCUGAUUAUUUUCUUCCUUCUCGCCUUUC